AUGGACCCCUUCAACCCUCAAGAGUUUAAAAGAGCUAUCCUGCGCUGGACACCAGCCUGGUAUGCAGAUAGGAGAAGUGUUAAACAUGAAGCCUGGCAGACUUACGUGGUAAAUUUUGGAGGGAAAUAUGAAGUCGCAUUACGGCAUAGAUGUAGGAAUGCUAGCAGUUCCGUUAGGCCGUCCGAUGUCGCUGAUCGUAUUGGUGUAAUGGCAACCUCUUCACCAAACCCAUCCCUUCCUGAUCCGCGACAGAAAGCAACCCCUAUGACACCCAGAACUAAUGUGACAUCCAGAGAAAAUGCUGGCAUCAAAAUAAACCUAACGAUUGAUUCAAUUUCUAAUGCAUCUGUUGAUGUCAUCGUUAACAGCACCAACGAACAUCUCCAGCUUGACAGUGGUGCUAUUUCCAAAUUAAUUCUCAAUGCUGCUGGUCCACAGAUACAAAGGGAAUGUAACAGGAAAUAUCCUCAAGGUAUUUCAAUAUAUGAAAUAGCCGUCACUAAAGGAUACAACCUCAAGUGUAAGAAUGUAUUUCAUCUGGUAUUACCUCCCUGGGAUGAAAAUUUUUCUCAUUCAAUUCUGGCAAACUUGACUCAAAUAAUAACCAAUUGUCUGGAAAAAGCUGAGAAAUUGGGUGCAAAAAGCCUUGCAUUUCCUACAUUAGGAGGUGGAAAAUUGAAGUACCCCAUUGAACAACUACCUGGAAUUAUGUAUGAAGCCGUGAAAAACUACUCAAUUCAAAAUUCAAGCCAGAUCAAAGUUGUAAACUUUGUGGUUUAUCCUGAAGACACAGAAAUAGUAACGGUUGGUUGA